AUGGCAUCGCAUUUAGCCAAUAUCUUCGGUACGGAACAAGAUCGAGUGAACUGCUCUUUCUACCUGAAAAUAGGAGCUUGUAGACAUGGUGAUAGAUGUUCAAGGAAACACAUCAAACCCCAAUUCUCACAGACUAUCUUAUUACCAAAUGUAUACAAUAACCCAGGUCACACACCGGAAGGACAACAUCUGACACCUGAACAAUUACAAGCUGAUUUUGAUAGAUUCUACGAGGAUUUCUAUAUAGAACUGGCGAAAUAUGGACAUUUACUAGAAAUGCACGUCUGUGAUAAUGUCGGAGAUCAUUUAUUAGGAAACGUUUACGCUAGAUAUGAAUGGGAAGCAGAAGCUGCCAAAGCAGUACAAGCUUUAAACGAUAGAUGGUAUGCCAUGAGACCAUUACAUUCUGAAUUAAGUCCAGUAACGGAUUUUAGAGAGAGUUGCUGUAGACAAAAUGAAAUGGGUGAAUGUAAACGUGAAGGUUUCUGUAAUUUCAUGCACCUUUGUCAUCCUACCAAAUCACUCGUCACCUCACUCAACGCUUCUCAACGUAUGUCAAGGAGGAAGAAGCAAGAGAACGGAGCUGGAGCGACCGAGGACGGAGCAUUGGGCUGGGUACCAGGAGGUGGAGGAGCGAAAUCUGCAGAUGACGGUCCAGGUGGUUGGGCGCCCUCAGGUAGACAAGAUGCCGAUUUAGGUUGGGUACCAGGUAGAAGAGAUUAA